AUGAUACGAUUAAUUCUUUUCUUCAUUUUCCCAUCUAUAAUUCACUGCUGUUUAGUGGUGAAGUCAGUGGAGCCACCAAAAUGUGAGUGCCCGUACUUGGCACUGGACAAAUAUAACAUUCAAUCUCACAAAGCUGGUCAAAAUUGGUACGAAUCAAAUCCUACUGAUGUUUUGCUUCUUCCUCCAAAAAUCCAAGUCGAUGACUGUAGUAUAACUGUUCAGUGUUCAGAGGAAGACUAUUCGUUACGGAUUUUCGGUGGAAAGCGGAACUACGAUGGGGGCUCUAAAUUCCGUUGCGAGAAGGAUGACAAGGGUAGACCUAUAUGGGAAGUAGCUCGUGAUGGAGAGGAUAAAGUGCGGUUCAAAAGCUACUACUUGUAUGCUACAUGUAUCAAUCGUGACCUUGGCGGUGUGAAACCUCCUUCCGGAACAGGAGUGUGUUAUUGCGAUCAUGCAUUUCUAGAUCCUGAUUCACAAAAUGGUGAUAAACUCAUGAACUUUGACACCAGAAUCGAAGAACAUUCUGAACGAUGUGAAUGGUAUCUUUAUUGUAGAUAUCCCACUAAUAUUGCCAGGACUGUGAUAAAUGGAAAAAUAGUCAAAAGUAAAAGUUUCAAUGCCACUUGCAAUGCUGACACAAAGCUUUGGUCUAUCACGAACAAUGGAGAGGUUUUUGAAAACCAACCAGUUUUCUACCAUGACUGUGUUGAACUUUAG